UUUACUCUUUUAUUAAUACUUCUCAUUUCUCAAUUUUGAUUAAUACACAAUUUUCUCUCAGUCUCCGAGUUAACUCACUGAGUCAUUGAUCCUCUGUUCAAGCUAAAAUGGUUCACAGAAUGGAUUCCCUCCAACACCGUCCAACGUCCUUCAAAUCCUGCCGGAAAAGAUUUAAUAUCAAGUCGGAGUUCCAUGAUUCCGGCGAUACUGAAUUUCAGUUCCUCUCCAAACGACCUAAGUUCGAUUUCUCUUAUCAGAAUAAGAAUGAUAGCGUUGAAAUUGAGGAGACAGAGUAUAAUCCAUUAGAGGAGCCAAGUCCGUUGGGAUUGAAGCUAAAAAAGAGUCCGUCAUUUCUGGAUUUGAUUCAAAUGAAGCUAUCACAAGAGAAGAGUGCUGCUUUAUCAAAAUCACUUACAAGAAAAGAAAAAGGUGUUGGUCUUAAUAAUAAGCUUAAGGCUUCAAAUGUUCCUGCCACUUUGCUUAAAAUUGGAUCUUGGGAGUAUAAGUCGAGAUACGAAGGCGAUUUAGUGGCAAAGUGUUAUUUUGCGAAGCACAAGCUGGUAUGGGAAUUUCUCGAUGGUGGGCUCAAGAAUAAAAUUGAGAUUCAAUGGUCCGACAUUAUGGCUAUCAAAGCAGACUACCCUGAUGAUGAACUUGGAACACUUACCGUUGUGCUUGCUCGACAACCUCUUUUCUUUAGAGAAAUUAACCCACAGCCAAGGAAGCAUACAUUGUGGCAGGCUACAAGAGAUUUUACUAGUGGACAGGCUGUACUCCAUAGGCAACAUUUUCUGCAGUUUCCCCUAGGCACUUUGGGGAAGCUUUUUCAAAAGCUCAUUCAGUGUGAUCCUCGUCUCAACUUCCUAAGUCAACAACCACAGAUAGAUCUAGAUAAUCCGUAUUUUCAACCAAGAGUUUCUAAUGUUGGUGUUCAAAGUGAGCAUGAGCAUGGUUUCGAACUGAAGACCGAAAGUAGAUUCAAUUCAUCAAGAAUCAGGGAUACAGUUUCAGUGUCAGUUUCGGGAUUGUCUUCUUCAGGUUCAUACACCAAGUAUACAGAAAUUAAUCCUUGGGCCAUCCCAGAAACGUAUGCAAUGGAUGGAGAAGUGAGCAGUAAAUUCGAUGAAAUGCACAGACUUAGACUUCUGAACCAGAUCGAACUUCCUGGUCUUCGUCCAUCCAUGUCAGUAGGAGAUCUUGUAAACCACAUUGGUGACUGUAUCUCUGAGCAGAUGAGAUCAGACAAUCCUAAUACUUCAGUCGACGACAUUCAAAAGUCGGAAAUUCUUGAGCAUAUCACUCAUUACCUGCUCAAUGACACCCAAAAUUUAACAAGUUCUGAUGAAAAGGCCAUUAUGUCGAGAGUAAACUCCCUUUGUUGCCUUCUGCAAAAGGAAGACACGAGAGUCCAGAACGUGCACAUGAACAGUUCAGAGAGCGUACACGAUCUUGCACUGGACAAUACACAAGAAGAUAUAACCCCAUUGUAUGACACUCAAACUGCCAACAAUGUUCCUGUAGCAGGAAGUGAAAUCGGUUUAGUUCAUGACCAGCAACAACACACAAGUAUGUCGAGGAAGGAUUCUGUUGCCGAGUUGCUUCUCCAUCUUCCAAGGAUAGCCUCUUUGCCACAGUUGCUCAUCCCGUUAGACUUGUGAAACUAACGGAGAUAGCACAACUGGAGAGCAUAGGAUUCUGUUGGCCAGAUGCUUCUCUGUCAUCGAAUGAUAACAUCUUUACCUUAGUUCUUGAUCCCACAUAACGCGGGAUAAUAGUAUACAGAUACAGUUAGUUUCUAGGGUUGCUAAGUAAAAUGUGUAAAGAUCUGGUGCGUGGUUAGUGUCUGGGUUUGAUGAACUUGUACAGACUUGGUUUGUAGAUUGAUCCAGUUAGUGUACAUCAACUUGUACAAACUUGGUUUCUAGCCAUGUGCCCAAACCAACCAUGUGCCCAUGUCCAAACUGUAUAUGCUUUUCAACUAAAGCUCAAGUAUCCGCAAGUUCAUUACAUGAACUUGCGCGAGUAUGAGUGAGGAUGAAUUUUUAACGAGUCGAUCACAAGAGAUAUAGGCUCAAUUUGACUCAUCAAUGUUUUAAGUUCUAACUUGAGCUUAAAAUUCUCUAGUUUAACAUAAUUCAUUAAGAUUUCUAGUCGAGUUAAAUUGCUCAUAUCAAUUAGACUAUUAAGGAGUGAAAAAUUUACUUUUAAAAAAAUUGGUUAUCUUUAAAAAUCUUACAUCGAUUCUUUUUCGAAAAAUCCAACUUUUAUCUUUUAAAAAUCCCACCUUUAUCUUUUAAAAAUCUA